AUGCCGAGUACCGUUGGAAGUACAACAUGUACUCAGUGUGGAAAAAGUUUUGCACACAUGAGUAGUCUGAAAAUUCAUGAAAGGAUUCACACAGGAGAAAAGCCUUUCACAUGUACAGAGUGUGGAAAAAGUUUUACACGAAUGUAUAGUCUGAAAACUCAUGAAAGGAUUCACACUGGAGAAACGCCUUUCACAUGUACAGAGUGUGGAAAAUGUUUUACAGAAAAUAGUAGUCUGAGAAAACAUGAAAUGAUUCACACAGGAGAAAAGCCUUUCACAUGUACAGGGUGUGGAAAAAUGUUUGCACAAAUGGAUAGUCUGAAAAUUCAUGAAAGGAUUCACACAGGAGAAAAGCCUUUCACAUGUACAGAGUGUGGAAAAAGUUUUAUAGGAAACAGUAGUCUGAGAAAACAUGAAAGGAUUCACAGAGAAAAGCCUUUCACAUGUACAGAGUGUGGAAAAAGUUUUACAGGAAAGAGUGAUCUGAAUAAACAUGAAAGGAUUCACACAGGAGAAAAGCCUUUCACAUGUACAGAGUGUGGAAAAAGUUUUGCACAAAUGGAUAGUCUGAAAAUUCAUGAAAGGAUUCACACAGGAGAAAAGCCUUUCACAUGUACAGAGUGUGGAAAAAGUUUUAUAGGAAACAGUAGUCUGAGAAAACAUGAAAGGAUUUACAGAGAAAAGCCUUUCACAUGUACAGAGUGUGGAAAAAGUUUUACACGGAUGGAUCGUCUGAAAACUCAUGAAAGGAUUCACACAGGAGAAAAGCCUUUCACAUGUACAGAGUGUGGAAAAAGUUUUACAGGAAAGAGUGAUCUGAAUAAACAUGAAAGGAUUCACACAGGAGAAAAGCCUUUCACUUGUACAGAGUGUGGAAAAAGUUUUACAGGAAAGAGUGAUCUGAAUAAACAUGAAAGGAUUCACACAGGAGAAAAGCCUUUCACUUGUACAGAGUGUGGAAAAAGUUUUACACAGCUGGGUAGUCUGAAAACUCAUGAAAGGAUUCACACAGGGGAAAAGCCUUACACAUGUACAGAGUGUGGAAAAAGUUUUACAGAAAAUAGUAGUCUGAGAAAACAUGAAAGGAGUCACACAGGGGAAAAGCCUUACACAUGUACAGAGUGUGGAAAACGUUUUACAGAAAUGAUUCAUCUGAAAAAGCAUGAAAGGAUUCACAAGGGAAGAAACCUUUCACAUGUUUAGACAGUGGAAAAAGUUUUUUUAUUGAAAUCCAGGAUCACAAAACACCAAAU